CUGUAUUAGUCAUCAAGUAUCAAUCAUUACGGCCUCGCCCAAUCAUCUUCUCAAUGUUGCAUUAUCAACACCUACCAAGCAGCAUUAAAUAAUCUUCUUCCAAACUAAAAAUAACAUCUCCUUCAUCGCUGAACACCAUUAUCUUGAAGACAACGACUAUGUCAGUCACGCUGCACACGUCGCACGGCGACAUCAAGGUUGAGAUAUACUGCGAAAGUGUUCCCAAAACUGCAGAGAAUUUCCUUGCCCUCUGUGGCUCUGGCUACUACGAUAAAUCUCCAUUCCACCGCCUCAUCCCCAAGUUCAUGGCACAGACUGGCGCACCCGCAACACCAAACCCCCCCGAUAACCCCAAAGGCGGACGCAGCAUAUGGGGAGGCGCGUUUGAAGACGAGAUCCGGCCAGCGCUACGACACGGCGCUCGAGGCGUGCUGUCGAUGGCCAACAAGGGACCUGGGACAAACGGAUCGCAAUUUUUUAUCACAUUCGACAAGGCGCCUCAUCUGGACGGACUCAACACUGUAUUUGGACGCGUCAUCGGAGACGAGGGUUUAGCGACAUUGGCUAAGAUGGAAGCUAUCGAGGUGGACCGCAAGAACAGACCCAAGGAGCCAGUUCGUAUCGAAAAUGUGACGAUCCACGCCAACCCGAUCGCUGGUUGAGAUAACGACAAUGUCCUUCGUACUUCUUGUCAUGCCAUGACAUUGCACCAUACCUCCUCGAACGAAGCACUGUACUACCGUUACGGCACAUCACUGAAGGAAGACGAAAAUGGCAAACGAUUUAUCACACGAAACUUCAUUUUGGAGACUAUCAUUCAUUAUAUUCUCAAUCUACGCACGCCAACAAAAACCCCUUAAACUCUACCGGAAUCCUAAACUACCCCUUCAGGAGAAAUAAGAAACUUCUGCCCUCAAAGUAAGAUGUCAAAAACAACUAGUCUAAAGGCCUAUUGAGUUCUACUCAACUUACCUAAAUCUUUUUAUUGUUUAGGAUGAAACUCCUUAGUUUCUUGCCUCUUUAACUGGCAUCCGUGGACGCUCGUAAUCAUCUUCAAAGCAUCCCCAUUCCAACACUUCGGCUCUUUUCUUACUUUUGAUGCGGUAAGGGACCUCCUCAUCCUUCUGGGUGACAUAGAUCAUGUCAUUCCAUCCGGUCAUCUCCAUCUGCCAAAUGAGCUUCAGGAGUUCCGCGUGGCUGCAAGCAUCAAUGUUUCGUCUAGAACAGGUAACCAGGAAAGGCCCCCUGAAUUUCCGAAGAAGGACAAAUGCUCGUUGGCUGGGAUGGUAAGCAGGAAGUUCACUGGACUCAUCGCUCUGCCCCGCGGUGAUAAUGCCAUGCAGAAAUUUCCACCCUUUCGGACCAUCAUCAACAAUAUCAGGCUGUUGUUCCCGUUGAGUCUCUUCCUCUUUAGCGACGAAUGAUAGGAACAAGAGGGUAAAUUCGCCCUCAUAGUUUCGGUCAGGGUCCGGAGUCAACGUACCUUCGAGGAUCCUUUUGGUCUUGACCCGUUCUGCAACCAUUUUAGCAUCAACUGUGCCAUUGUAUUUCGUGUUUCCAAAGACAUCCAACUUCUCCAUUGUAAAAAUUAGGGAGUCACAUGAUGAUUCACUGUCAGUGGAUUCUGGCUCGCGUACUGGAAUGGGAAUAUCCUCUUGGUUGCAAGUAACAAAGGAACUGUUGGUGAUGGCCCAUUGAGCCAUUGAUGCGCGGGUGUCUUGGCGCCUUCGGUCUGUUUUGUUAUCAAGCCUCUUUGGCUUGAACGCGUCUCGCCAUUUUCUCACAUCCUUGAUGUCGAUGUGGAAUAUACGAUGCUCUGCGUUACUGCUGUCGUUGAAGCAGAUCUUGAAGCCAGGGACAGGGGCCCGCUUGGAAUUGGGAAACAACAUGCUCGUGAAGAACCGGCAGUUUAUGGAUCCGUCGGGAGUUCUUGAAGGACAUGAGUGUCGCUGUGUUACGUUGCGUCUCUUGGAACCUUCUUUAUCGUCUAGACCAGCCUAACGACAUGAACUAGAUUGAAACUAAGAUCUUACCAGGAAGUUUGAAGCCGCGUGUGAUGAGAGAAGAAUAACGCGAAGCUCGAGAUACUUUAUAUCAAUAUGUGGGGAUUUCUGCUACAAAAGGAUAAUUCUUGGGGUAUAUGAACAAUUGUGAAUAAUGAGUGUUUAUCUGAACACAAGCCCGGGUGAUUGCGUGGACAAUGGGCGAUAACAGGAUCAUAGUUGAAGUUACUCUGAACAAAGCAAUCACUGCGUGUUAUUUAUGAAA